CCGCGCCAUUUUUACAGCCUGGAGGUGUCGAGCUUCAGGUGAGAGGCACAGGACCGGCGGUAUGGAGAAAUACGAAAAGAUCGCCAAAAUCGGCGAGGGCUCUUACGGCGUGGUCUUCAAGUGCAGGAACAAAGACACCGGCCAGAUCGUGGCGAUUAAAAAGUUUGUGGAGUCUGAGGACGAUCCGGUUAUUAAGAAGAUUGCACUCCGAGAGAUCCGGAUGCUGAAGCAACUUAAACAUGCCAAUCUUGUCAACUUGAUUGAGGUGUUCAGAAGAAAACGAAGGCUUCACUUAGUUUUUGAAUACUGUGAUCACACUGUGUUAGAUGAAUUGAACCGAUACCCCACAGGGGUGCCAGAUCAUUUAGUGAGGAGAAUUACUUGGCAAACGCUGCAAGCUGUGAAUUUUUGCCACAAGCACAAUUGUAUACAUAGGGAUGUAAAACCAGAAAAUAUCUUAAUUACAAAACAUCACGUCAUUAAGCUUUGUGAUUUUGGUUUUGCCAGGAUAUUAACUGGUCCUGAAGAUUACUACACAGAUUACGUAGCAACUCGCUGGUAUCGUGCCCCAGAGCUGUUGGUCGGAGAUACACAAUAUGGCCCUCCAGUGGAUGUUUGGGCGAUAGGCUGCCUUUUUGCAGAGUUGUUAUUUGGAGGCCCCUUGUGGCCAGGAAAAUCAGAUGUUGAUCAGCUUUAUCUGAUCAGAAAAACACUAGGUGAUCUGAUUCCUCGGCAUCAACAAGUCUUCAGUUCAAACCAAUUCUUCAGUGGAGUCAGCAUACCAGUGCCUGAUAAUGUGGAACCGUUGGAAAUGAAGUUUUCAAAUAUUUCACAACAUGCUCUUGGAUUAAUGAAGGGAUGUUUACAUAUGGAUCCUGCUGCUCGUCUAAAUUGUGAACAGUUGUUGGAUCAGCCAUACUUUGACAGUCUCAGAAAAGAGCUGGAAAUGAGCAAACAAAAAGCUCUGAAAAAGCGUGUAAAACCACCACGCAGAAAUGCACCAGCAUUGCAGUACUUACCACAACUCACCAGCAGCAAUAUACCUCCAUCCAUGGAAAGCAAGAAGUAUUUCAAGCAGAAAUAUAAUUACCAUCUACCUAACAUUUAAGCAAGUGGCAUGAACACACCAAGUUAUAAAAGAGACCAACUGAGGAAAACAAGUGUCCAAAAGAGAUGUUAAAGAGUUUUUAAAACUUUGGUGGGGUUGAAAAUGGAGACUUGUCAUGUUACCUAACCUGAGAUUGUAUGCACUUUCUUUAAGUUUGUUAUUUUUCUUCUAGUGUGUUUAAAAUGAAUGAAAAUGAGCAUGUUCCAGAAGGUAUCUGGCCACAGGUUGCUUUUUAAAAUGUGUACAAUGUCUGUACAAAGAAACAGCACUAUUUUAUGCAUGACUACAUGCUAAAAUGCUUUAAACUGUAAUCCCAUUUGCUGGGCAGAACCCAAGUCACAUUAACAUUUGGUAUCGUAAACUUACCUAAGAAGUGCAAUGUUUCACUUACCAAAAGUUGACUGAGUCAAGAAUACUGCCAACAUUAGUCUUUUACAGCUAUGAGAUCACCAGGCCAAAGAUUCAUUUUAGCCUUUAUCUAACAACAUAACAAUGACUUUUUUUAGACUUAAAGCUGUGUAUUAAGGGAUUGAAAUAUUGGAUUCACAACCUGCAAGUUCAAUUUUUAAACAAAAAAGUUGUUAUGCUUUCAGACCUCACCUGACUUCUACAUGAAAUUAUUUGGAAUAGUGGGGUUUAAUGUUUCUGAUGAGUUCUAAAACCACCUAUUUCAGCCAACUCCUUAAAAUACACUGCUGAGAAGUUUUCACUUCUUUACAUUCUUGCUCCACUUAGAUUCCAACUCUAGUACAGUGCUCAAUGUAGUCAUGAACAGCUGUUUAGUCUAACAGAUAAUCUGAAUUAAAACAAGUCAAAUUUGGCUGCACAUAAAUAUUUCACUUUAAAUCUAUUACUGGAUCAAAACUGCAAAUAAGUGACAGUUCUUAACAUGCAAAAUUCAGUGUUCUGCUUCCCAUGUAUUUGUACACAGAAGUGACUUAGAUUGAUACAAUUUCGCUAAUAAAAUAAACAGUUCAUUUAAAAAAUACAAACUAAGAAUUAGCAUUGAAAAGCUGAUCUAGCAUAUUUGAAUCAAACAACUAAAACCAAAGGUGUGCCUACUGUAAGAUCACAGCUUUUGUAAAAUCAUUGGUUUAUACCCUUAGAGAUAUCAUUGUCAUAAAUGUAUACUGGUGAACAGCUGAAACUAUGAACUGCAAAUAGAUUAUAAAAUCUGUAAUAUUUAUCUUCAUUGAUUUGAAAAAUCUAUAUAUUGUAUGCUUAGCCACAAAUCUGUUAGUACUGGUAUAAAUUGCACAUCCAGUUCAUCUAUAGUUAUGUGUACACUUUGCAACAUCAAAAAAUGUUAAUUAUAAAUACAAAUAAAUACAGAAACUACAAAGUGAAAAUAACGUAGUCUUCUCAAUUGUACAGACAUUUUAGAUGAAGGUAUUUUGAAAUAUUGGCUAAUGGGGAAGGUUUUUUCCCCUAUACUACAAAAACAUGUAAAGCAUUAAUGUUUGAACAUUUUCAGAAUUAUAAAUUAUGUACUGUAAAUACUA